AUGUAAAAGUACGAGGUUCUUGGUAUAAUAGGAAAAGGUUCUUAUGGUGUAGUACUCAAAGGAUAAAAUAAGGAGACAGGAGAAGUAGAGAAAUUUAAUAAUUUAGAUAGUAGCAAUAAAAUAAUAUAUUGGUUCAGAAGAAGAUGAAAGUAUUAAAAAAACAAUCUUGAGAGAAGUUAAACUAUUGAAGAUGUUAAAUCAUGAUAAUAUUGUUAAAAUCAAAGAGGCAUUUAGAAGGUAUUGUAUAAUCAAUUAUUUAUAGAAAAGGCAAACUUUAUGUAGUAUUAGAAUAUGUAGAAAAAAACUUAUUAGAAUUACUUGAAGAAAAACCAAAUGGUUUAGAUGUAAUAUUCAAUUACAAUUCUAGCCCGAAUUAACAAGAAGAUUUAUUUAUCAAUUAUGCUUAGCAAUUGCUUAUUGUCAUUCUCUUGAAAUAUUGCAUAGAGAUAUAAAACCUGAAAACCUAUUGGUUAGUGAUUAGAUGGUUUUAAAAGUUUGUGAUUUUGGUUUUGCAAGACUUAUUCCAUAAAAAUAAGGAUAAUUAACUGAUUAUGUUGCAACUAGAUGGUAUAGAGCACCAGAAUUAUUAUUGGGAGAUGAAUAUGGUAAAGGAGUUGAUAUUUGGGCUAUUGGAUGUAUAAUGGCUGAAUUAACUGAUGGGUAACCCUUAUUUCAAGGCUAAACUGAAAUGGAUCAAUUAUAUUUGAUUUGUAAAGUUUAAAUUAGUUUGAUAUUUCAUAGUUGUUGGGUCCUUUAACUAGUGAAUAAAAGGAAGCUUUUUUAAAGAAUCCUCGUUAUGUGGGAAUGAAAUUUCAUGAAAUUACCAAACCAGACACAAUAGAAAAAAAGUUUUAAUCUAAACUUUCUUUAAAAGCCAUAUCAUUUAUAAAAGGUUUAUUGAAAAUGGAUCCUAGUAAGAGAAUGACUGCAUUUGAGGCUUUAGAACAUCCUUACUUUGAUGGCAUGAGAGAUGAUUAAUAUUAUUAGUUUUUAAAAGAAUUAAGAGACAAAGAAUAAAUUCCAAAAGAUAGAAUACAAUCUGCAAAUAAAUUAGCUGCCAAAUAGACUCAAUAAGUCAAUUAAUAAUAAUAAUAGAUACAAUAAUAAUAAGUAUUAUCAUAAUAAAAAGAUAAUUUAACAAGCAAUAAAAGAAAUGAUAAAUCAAAUGAAAGGUAUAUUUUAAUAAUAUUUUUUAUAGAAAAACAUAAUAAAAAGGUAAUAAUAACAUAUCUGUAGAGAGAGUAAAUAACUUUGUUAAACCUGCACCAAUUAAAACAGGAGAAAAAAAUACAGUAGAUUAUAAUCCUAUUAUUUAGCCUUCUUAGGAAUCUAAAUCGAUGCCUAAAAAAGAUGUAAAUUCAUAAUUAGGAUUCUUGUAAAAGAAUGUAAUCAUUGGAUAUUAAGAAGGAUAAUUUGAUAAUUUCUUAUAAAAUAAAAUGGCCUAAAAUUAUAAUUAUGAAAUACCUGAAAAUGAUUUAAAUAAUUCAAUUGAAGGAGAGAAAAAGUCAAUGAACCUUAGAGUAAGAGCAAAGAAAAAAUCAUUUAAUCCUGAUUUAAAUGAAGAUGAUUAAACAACAAUCAUAAAAUUAAAACGAAAAGAACAAUAAUAAUAAUAAUAAUAAUAAUAAUAAUAAUUUUAAUAAUAAAUUCCUGUUUAUUAAGUUAAAAAGAAAUCUACUUAACUCAGAUAAAACUUUUAUCCUACUGAUGAAUAUUCAGGAGAUGAAUAGGAAGUGUAUUAAUCAAAAGAACUUCUGAAUAUUCAAAAAGGCUAAAAAUAACAAAUGUAAUAGUAAUACAAUUAUAAUAUUGGAGAAUGUAGGAAUACUUUGGAAGAUUAAGAUAGGAAUUUAAAUAUUGUGUAUAACAACAUAACUUAUAAUUAUAAUAUCAACAAUUCUCCUGGUUGGAUUAAUAAAAAAAGAAAUUGA